CAGGACUCCAGCCAGAUCGGGCUGCUGAAGGAGCUGCUGGACCUGCAGAAGGACAUGGUGGUGAUGCUGCUGUCCCUGCUGGAAGGCAAUGUGGUGAACGGGACGAUCGCACGGCAGAUGGUGGACAUGCUGGUGGAGUCGUCCAGCAACGUCACCAUGAUCCUGAAGUUCUUCGAUAUGUUCCUGAAGCUGCGCGACAUCGUGGCCUCCGACGCCUUCCGCGAUUACGUGACGGACCCGGCCAUGGACAGCCAGAAGCAGUACGAGCCGUCCGAGGUGCAGUUCCUGCUCUCGUGCUCGGAGGCGGACGAGAACGAGAUGAUCGACGUGGAGGCGUUCGCCGGGCGCUUCCAGGAGCCGGCUCGCGACAUCGGCUUCAACGUGGCGGUGCUGCUGACCAACCUGGCCGAGCACGUCCCCCACGACCAGAGGCUGCGCACCUUUUUGGAGCAGGCCGCCAGCAUCCUGGAGUAUUUCCGGCCGUUUCUGGGCCGCAUCGAGAUCAUGGGAGCGGCGCGGCGCAUCGAGCGCCUCUACUUCGAGAUCAGCGCGGCCAACAAGGCGCAGUGGGAGAUGCCCCAGGUGAAGGAGUCCAAGAGGCAGUUCAUCUUCGACGUGGUCAACGAGGGGGAGGCGGAGAAGAUGGAGCUCUUCGUCAGCUUCUGCGAGGACACCAUCUUCGAGAUGCAGAUCGCGUCGCGGCUCUCCGAGGAGGAGGGGGCGGUGUCGGAGCGGCCGCCGGGAAUGGAGGAGGCGGAGUUGGAGGGGUCGGGAAUGGCGGCGGUGUUGGACGGGAUCGGAGACUUCGGGGACGGCGGGGACGGGGACGGCGGGGACGGGGAGGAGGAGCCGAGCGUGGUGUAUUACUGCCUGGAGGAGAGCACGGGCUACAUGCAGCCCGCCCUGCGCGCCCUGGCCGUGGCUCACACCAUCGUGGCGUUCCUCUGCAUCAUCGGCUACAACUGCCUCAAGGUCCCCC